CCGCGGGUGGAUCCGGGCUCUGCGGGAACCGAGCCGGGGCAGCAGGGCCGGGAAAGGUCCGGGCUGAAGUUCCUGUUCUGCUGGAUUCCGAGCGAGGGCUUUGAGGCUCCAAAAUCGCGGCCUGGGCUGUGCCCGGCUCAUUCCGCAGGGAUCCCCGCGCCUCUGACCCCCGGCAACCCCCUCGGGGGGCUGGAACGCUGGGCCGGGGGGGGACCCGACCCCUCCUGGGCUCGCCGGAGUGCCGGGGACGCUCCAAAGGAAAGCCCCGAAGGUCUCUGCUGAAUCCAUUCAGCUCCCUCGGUGUCUCUGCUGGGCUGAGCGGCUCCCACAGCAGAGCAGGCGGCUGGAGUCGGAUAUUGUGGAGCUCCGAAGGGAAGGGAGGAAGAGGAAGGAGGAGAAGAGGGAGAGGGAAGGAGGAGGAGGAGGAAGAGAAGGAGGAGGAGGAGGAAGAGAAGGAGGAGGAGGAAAAGAAAGAAGGAGGAGGAGGAAAAGAAAGAAGAAGGAGGAGGAGAAGGGAGGGAGAAGGGAGGGGGGAGGAAGAGAAGGAGGAGGAGGAGAAGGAAGAGAACAAGGAGGAGGAAGAGAGGAGGAGAAGGAGGAGGAGAAGAAAGAAGAAGGGGGAGGAGAAGGAAGGGAGAAGAGAGGGGGGGAGGAGAUGAAGGAGGAGAAGGAAGAGAACAAGGAGAAGGAAGAGAAGGAGAAGAAGGGAGGAGAGCGAGAGGGAGAAAUAGAAGUAGGAACAGAAGGAGGAGGACAAGGAGAAGGAGAGGAAGGCGAAAGCAAAUUCACGUGAGCACAGAGAGGGUUUAGCAGGAUUCCACAGGGAAAAAGGGCCAGGAAAACGGUGAUGAUUCAUUUUCAGCAAGCUCGGUGUUUCUACAGCAAACCACAGACAGGAGGGAUCUGCUCUAGCUGGGCCAGCGGCUGGAGCUCCCAGGAAUCCUCUGGGCUGGGAGCUCUGCAGCUCCACCACUGUGGGGGGAAAGAGCCCCACAGUGUCCCCUGGCUGUGCCUGGGCUGUCCCCGAGGACGUGCUCGGCUCCUCCUGGGCUGGAACUCAUCUUCCCUGGUUCCUCCUGGGCUGGAACUCACCCUGCCUGGCUCCUCCUGGGAUGGAUUUUGCCCUGCCCGGCUGCUCCAUCCAUCCAUCCAUCCAUCCAUCCAUCCAUCCAUCCAUCCAUCCAUCCAUCUUUUAUCCAUCCAUCCAUCUUUUAUCCAUCCAUCCAUCAUCCAUCCAUCAUCCAUCCAUCCAUCCAUCCAUCCAUCCAUCCAUCCAUCCAUCAUCCAUCCAUCCAUCCAUCCAUCCAUCCAUCCAUCAUCCAUCCAUCCUUCCAUCCAUCCAUCAUCCAUCAUCCAUCCAUCCAUCAUCCAUCCAUCCAUCAUCCAUCCAUCCAUCCAUCCAUCCAUCCAUCCAUCCAUCCAUCAUCCAUCCAUCCAUCCAUCCAUCCAUCCAUCAUCCAUCCAUCCAUCCAUCCAUCCAUCCAUCCAUCCAUCAUCCAUCAUCCAUCCAUCCAUCAUCCAUCCAUCCAUCAUCCAUCCAUCCAUCCAUCCAUCCAUCCAUCCAUCCAUCAUCCAUCCAUCCAUCCAUCCCAUCCCAUCCCAGUCGUGUCAGGACUCGCCCCGGGUGCUGCCUCCUCCCCCUCUGCCUCUGAGCCGCGGUGUUGCUUCACCUACCGAGUCACCUGGACGCCUUCCCAGGGCAAGGGAGCCCCGGAGAGGAACUGGAAAGGAUCCCAGUGGAGGUUUGGGUUCUUGAGGAGCGUGGGGUGAAGGCCAGGUCCUGAAAUGCCUCCCUGAAUCCACCUGGAUUUCCCCACGGUGGGACCUGACCUGUUGUGAAAAUCGCUCCGCAAACAUUCCACAUUUUAAGGUUAAAAAUUCCUCCAGAAAAACCCAACCACAAAAAUAAAAG